UUGAAUCUGGACAUCAAUUUCUGGAGAAUUUAUUUAUAUUUGUUUAUUUAUAUAUUUGUAUUGUAAUUUGUUUUAUGGUAUUGAUAUGUUAAUAUCCGUCAGUCGAUAAAAUACCCUCGACCCGCCAUAAACAAUUACACCGGUUGUUGCAGUAAACGCUAAACUGACGUUUUAUUUAUGUUUUCUGGAGUAAUAAUGUUUGUUUGUUAAUUAUUGUGAGGCAUUGGGUGAAUAAUUAGUGCUGGUGUCGAAUUUUAGGGCUUGAAUUAGCGAAAGUCAUGUUGUUCUACUCCUUCUUCAAGUCCCUCAUCGGGAAAGAUGUUGUUGUCGAAUUGAAGAAUGAUCUGAGCAUCUGUGGCACGUUGCACUCUGUGGAUCAAUAUCUUAACAUUAAAUUAACGGAUAUCAGUGUUACGGAUCCUGAUAAGUACCCCCACAUGUUAUCAGUGAAGAAUUGUUUUAUCCGAGGGUCAGUAGUCCGAUAUGUCCAGCUCCCUGGAGACGAGGUAGACACCCAACUCCUCCAGGACGCAGCGCGAAAAGAGGCAGCAGUGCAGACCCGAUAAAAAAUAUCUGAUAUUUACCCUGAAUUCCAAUAUUCAACUCCACAUAAACUCCACACAAUGUGAAAUCACUGAACGGGACAUAUGUUGAAUGAAUUAAGAUAUAAAUAAACAAAAAAUAAUCGACAAACGUCA